UAUGUUUGUAUGACAAGACUACUUAGACCACGAUGGUUUUGACUGCGUUUACCCAGUUUAGUUGCAAGGUAAAUGUUGAAGACACCGUCGAAAUGUUACCAAAAUCGAGAAGAGCGCUUACAAUUCAAGAGAUUGCGGCAUUAGCCAGAUCGUCUUUACAUGGCAUCUCCCAGGUGGUGAAGGAGCAUGUGACCAGACCCACAGGCAUGGCCCAGGGCCGGGUGGCUCACCUGAUAGAGUGGAAGGGCUGGUGUAAACCCACCGACACCCCCGCCGCCCCAGAGUCAGACUUGAACAACUACUCUGACCUCACUGAGGGGGAGCAGGAGGCCCUCUUCGCAGCAGGUGUGGCAGAGCAGUUUGCCAUCGCUGAAGCCAAGUUGAGGGCCUGGUCCUCAGUGGAUGGAGACGACUCCAAUGAUGACUCAUACGACGAAGACUUCCUGCCCGCUAACGAGCCCACAACACAAAGCACAGAUGUGCCUCCGUAUCCCCCCUUCCUGAAAGACUUGAUCCACAGCCAGGUGUGCCAGCACCUGGGUCUGCGAGGGCCAUGCUGUGAGGGUGGCGGUGAGGGCGUGGUCAGUGGCGACCCCUCCCCCAUCGCUGGCUCCCCCAACACCCUGUGCUCCAGCCUCUGCAGCCUGGACGAACACCACCCCCUGCUGCGCGACCUCGGUCACCGCGGCAACCAUCAUCAGGGCCACCACGGUCACCACGGCAACAACGUGGCCGAGCUGGCGGCCAAGAUCCUGGCGGCGCUGCAGGGAGGAGAGGAGCUUCUGCUGGCCCGCCUCCAGAGGGCGGGGCAGGGGCAGGGGGGUGGGGACUGUGGGUUCCACAGCGUAGGGGGCGGGGACGGAAGGGUCCGGCCCUGCGGGGGGCAGGACUCGCCGUGUUACUCCGUGUCGUACUCCGACACGUACCUGUCGCCGGGCGAGGACGACGACACCCCCUGCAAGGACUACGGAGGCACCGUGUGCUCGGGCCAAGAAGAGUUACCCCCCGACUACGCCUCCCGCAGGAAGGUGUCUGACGUGGCGUCCUCCGGAGUGGUCUCCCUGGACGAGGACGAGGAGGAGGACAGGGAGGAGAGGGAGGAGAGGGAGGAGAGGGAGGAGAGG